GAGAAGCAAGUUCUGGUGCGGGCGGGGACGACUAGCGUUUAUCACUUCCAGCAAGUGCAGGAGCUCGGGCCCCGCAGCGCAGAGGCUGCGGCGCGGGUGGUCGCGGGAGCUGGCCCUGUGGGGACCCCGGGGGGGAGGGGGAGCCGGAAAGCCCCCGCCGAGGCCGUCGCUGCGGGGCCUCCCCUCCCCCCCGGGCGGGCGCCAUGCGGGGGGUCUCCGGCGACGCGGAGCGGCGGCAACGCUGGGGUCGCCUGUUCGAGGAGCUGGACAGCAACAAGGACGGCCGCGUGGACGUGCAGGAGUUGCGCCAGGGUCUGGCCAGGCUGGGAGGGGGCGAUCCCGACCUUGCACAGCAGGACAUCUCCUCCGAGGGGGACGCUGAUCCAGAUGGUGGCCUCAGCCUGGAGGAAUUCUCUCACUACCUGCAGGAGCGGGAGCAGCGCCUUCUGCUCAUGUUUCACAGCCUUGACCGGAACCAGGAUGGUCACAUCGAUGUGUCUGAGAUUCAACAGAGCUUCCGAGCGCUGGGGAUCUCCAUCUCGCUGGAGCAGGCAGAGAAAAUUCUACACAGCAUGGACCGCGACGGCACCAUGACCAUUGACUGGCAGGAAUGGCGAGACCACUUUCUGCUGCACUCUCUGGAGAAUGUGGAGGACAUCCUGUAUUUCUGGAAGCAUUCCACGGUCCUGGACAUCGGCGAAUGCCUGACGGUGCCCGACGAGUUCUCCAAGCAAGAGAAACUCACAGGCACGUGGUGGAAGCAGCUGGUGGCAGGCGCGGUGGCAGGCGCCGUGUCCCGGACCGGCACAGCCCCUCUGGACCGUCUCAAGGUCUUCAUGCAGGUCCACGCCUCAAAGUCCAACCGGCUCAACAUCCUCGGGGGCCUGCGGAGCAUGGUUCAGGAAGGGGGCAUCCUAUCCCUCUGGCGAGGCAACGGCAUCAACGUGCUCAAGAUCGCCCCUGAGUCGGCCAUCAAGUUCAUGGCUUACGAACAGAUCAAGCGGGCCAUCCGGGGUCAGCAAGAGACGCUGCACGUCCAGGAGCGCUUCGUGGCUGGCUCCCUGGCCGGGGCCACAGCUCAGACCAUCAUCUACCCCAUGGAGGUCCUGAAGACUCGGCUGACCCUACGCAGAACGGGCCAGUACAAGGGGCUCCUGGACUGCGCGAGACGGAUCCUGGAGCGGGAAGGGCCCCGAGCCUUCUACCGCGGCUACCUGCCUAACGUGCUGGGCAUUAUCCCCUACGCGGGAAUCGACCUGGCCGUCUACGAGACCCUGAAGAAUCGCUGGCUUCAUCAGUACAGCCACGAAUCGGCAAACCCAGGCAUCCUCGUGCUCCUGGCCUGUGGCACCAUCUCCAGCACCUGCGGCCAGAUUGCCAGCUACCCCCUGGCACUGGUUCGGACCCGAAUGCAGGCGCAAGCCUCCGUUGAGGGCGGCCCCCAAGUGUCCAUGGUGAGUCUGCUGCGGCACAUCCUAUCCCAGGAGGGUGUCUGGGGCCUCUACCGGGGCAUUGCCCCCAACUUCAUGAAGGUCAUUCCAGCCGUGAGCAUCUCCUACGUGGUCUACGAGAACAUGAAGCAGGCUCUUGGGGUCACAUCCAGGUGAGGGACUGGGAGCCUGUCCCCACAAGAUUCCCUCAUCUUCAUCACGGCAUCCCCAGGCUGAUGUCUUCAACAACCAGAGACUGAUGGCCUGACCGGUGGAUGCUACUCCCCACCCCAAGCUGCUGGAUCCCAGCACCCAAAUCCCAGAUCCUUGCCCUGUGCCCCAUCAUUGUACCAUGGGACCCCACACUUUAGCCACGGGACCCCAGGACUGGAUCCUUGACUUCACAAGCAAACCACAAAAGCUGGCCCACACCCAUCAGCAGUCUGACACUUGAAAUGCAAAACUAACCCACACCCUGGCCCUGAACCCCAAGCUCCUUGAUUCUGCUCAUCUGCACCCCAAAGCUGGAUCCUGCCCUGUGCUGGGCCGCCCUGUGCAGCAGCAGGUGGUCCCAGUGCCCCAAGCAUGGGGGCACACAUUCAUGCACCCCAACGUCCACACCUCAGACCCCCUCAGGACCAGACCCGGGGACCUAAGGCCACAUUGGACCUCAACUCCCCAACCUGCCUCACAGUCCAGCCACUGGAUUCUAGAAGCCAAGAAUGCUCAGCCACAGGGUCCUGACAGGGGAGACCUGUGUCCUGCUGCUGGGUCCCUAGAUCCCGGGAUCCCAGAUUCCUCACCCCAAGCAGUUCAUCUUCCUCAGUUCGGGGUUCCAUUUCCUUCCCGCCUGACUGCUGGGUCUGCGCUUGAAGCACCACUCUCAGUCUCAUCACUGGAUCCCAGAGUCCGGAGUUCCAGCCCGCUGGCUUCCGGCUCCUGGAGGCACAGGUGUGAGAGCUCUGGGGUGCCUCUGGUGGAUGCCACCUGCCACAGCUGCUAAAUCUCAGAUCCUAGACUCCUUCAACACGCCCCCUGGAUACCGUAACAGGCCAAGCUAUCCCAGAAACCACCAGGUCCCAAAGCCUUUGCUCCUGCGCCCCUAAUGCCACUCCUCAAGACUAGAUCCCAACAACCCAAUGAGAGCAUCUUAGAUCCCACAGGCACCACAAAUCCGAGGCGCCCCCUGGAGUGGACCCCCACUGCAUGAAAGCAUUACCAUCCAAGGAGCCCUCGUGAAGCCCAGACCCCAGACCAGUGUCUUCCCACCAGGCAGUAAGAGAUGGGGUUGAUGUUCAAUGCCGCACCCCAUGCGAAUGGAUCUCACCUCAGCUGGGACACACCUCCCCUCCCCCACCCAGGGAAACCACUCCCCCAGAUCACCUCCCCCUCUGUCCCCGACUCUCUGCAAUGUCUUCCACAUUCCAGGCUAGAGGCUCCUGGGGGCCCAGGACCUCUGGGAGGGUCCAGGCUGCUUGUCCAUGGGCUGGAGCUGCUUGUCCAGGUGAAGCUAGGACACAACCAAGGGAGCCUUCUGCGUCCCAGCACUGCCAGCCCCAUCGGGCCUCAGCAAGCCACAAUCGAGGACCAAUACGCACAUCCUUCUGAAACCCAGCAUCCAAUAUGCAAAAUUAUACGUCCCCGAACUGACUCGGGGUCUAUUUUUCUACGAGGCAGAGAACAAAGUCCUCUGGCUCCCGCCACAUUCCCACACCUCCCACACGUCAGCGUUGGGUUCUCAGCUAAGAACCGGGGGUGCCCUGUUUGACUCCCCAGUCUUUGGGUGACAUCAAAGGUCUGUGAAGGGAGACUGGGAUGUUGGGGGACAGGAGGACCCCACCAUGGCUUCCACCUCUCCCUCCAACCUACACCAAGUCCCACCUCCCCGCCCGUGUGUGUCAUUUCAAGGAAAAGGAAUAAAUUUUCUAAGCUCUUUCA